AUGACAGACUUCAUAUACAAGGAAAUAUCGAGACUUGAAGCCGAAUACAUUUCGAGGCAAAUCGAAAUAAAAGAACUUACAACCGAGCUUAUAGAGAGAGGUGACAUAAAGCAGUACUGGGAAAGAAAGAUGGAGGAGGAAAAAAAUCGUGGCUCGAAAGUUGAAAUUAGCUACAUUGAAGCUGUAAUUGCUUUUGAACAGGAAAAAAUGUUUCAAGAGAAUGCUUUAGCCGAAAUAAUGAGGCAGAAGGCAGCUUUGAUUUGUCAAGAAAAAUUGCUUUCGAGUUUAAAAGCCGAAAUUGCGGAUAUGUCAAAAAAACUUGAACUUGAGAAGGAGGAUUAUGUUGUUGAGCAGGUUGAAGUACAGAAUACGAGGCGUGAUUUACAGUUGAAAUUGGAAGUUUUGCUCGAUGAGAAAUCUAUACUGGAAGCCGAAAUAGAGGCACUAAAGAUAUUGAGGUCUUGGGUCGAGGAUGAGGCGAAGAAAAGCCAAGCUCGUGCGAAGCUUCUUGAAGAAGCUGGCCGAAGGUGGAAAUGGGACAGCUAA